UGAGAAUAUGAAAUUCGUUGACCUUUAAACCCGCUUAAAACUGCAAGGUUUUUUCUAAACUGUCUUGUCAGUUUAUCCUCGAUAUUUGUUAAUUUGAAUCAAUUUGUUCCGUGUGCAAAAGUGAUAAGUGAUAAUCAGCUAUUUUGAUUUUAUAAGCCAUUUUUUGACCUCAACUGUUCACAUAAAGAUUUCACGUUCUUUAAAAAAAAUCCACCAUGAGUACUGCCGGCAAGGUUAUUAAAUGCAGAGCAGCCGUAGCAUGGGGCCCCAAAGAAGACCUGAAGAUGGAAACUAUCGAGGUCGCUCCACCAAAGGCACAUGAAGUUCGCCUUAAAGUGUUAUUCACCGCAGUUUGCCACACGGAUGCCUACACUUUGAGCGGUCAAGAUCCAGAAGGUCUUUUCCCAGUUGUUUUAGGCCAUGAGGGAGCUGGAAUAGUAGAGAGUGUAGGAGAAGGAGUAACACAUGUUCAGCCAGGUGAUCACGUUAUUCCUUUGUAUGUACCACAAUGUGGAGAGUGCAAAUUUUGCAAGAAUCCAAAAACGAAUCUGUGUCAGAAAAUAAGAGUACCUCAGGGUAGAGGUGUGAUGCCUGAUGGAACUUCCAGGUUCUCAUGCAAUGGAAAAAUGUUACACCAUUUUAUGGGUUGCUCCACUUUCAGUGAAUAUACAGUAGUAGCAGAUAUAUCAGUAACAAAAAUUGAUCCCAAAGCACCUCUGGACAAAGUGAGUCUUUUGGGAUGCGGAGUACCAACAGGAUACGGGGCGGCUCUAAAUACUGCCAAAGUAGAGAAAGGAAGCACCUGUGCUGUGUGGGGAUUGGGCGCAGUAGGUUUGGCAGUUGGUUUGGGUUGUCAAGCAGCAGGAGCAUCUCGCAUCAUUGGAGUUGAUUUGAACCCAGCCAAAUUUGAAGUUGCAAAGAACUUUGGCUUCACCGAGUUCGUCAACCCCAAAGACUAUGAGAAGCCUAUUCAGGAAGUCUUAGCUGAAAUGACAGACGGAGGUUUAGACUUCACCUUUGAAUGUGUUGGAAAUGUGCAUACCAUGCGGGCGGCUUUAGAAUCGUGCCACAAAGGAUGGGGAGUAUCUACGAUUGUAGGCGUAGCUGGAGCUGGACAAGAGAUCAGUACCAGGCCAUUCCAACUUGUGACAGGAAGGGUUUGGAAAGGAACUGCAUUUGGAGGUUGGAAAAGUCGUGAUAGCGUGCCAAAAUUAGUCGACGAGUAUAUGGCCAAAAAAUUGAAACUGGAUGAAUUUGUCACACAUUCACUCAAAUUUGAAGAAAUCAAUGAAGCUUUCCAUUUGAUGCACAAGGGAGAAAGCAUCCGCUCAGUUUUGGCAUUCUAAUUGAAGACAGUUAUUACCAUAUGAAAGGAAUAAAAGUUUAAUACAAAA